AUGGCAACGCAACGUAAGGAGGCGUUGGAAAAGAUGCGGCUUGCUCGCUCCGGCGUGUCGAGUUUGGACCAGUACGUUGUUCCGGAACCCAAGAAAAUCCUGCAAGAGGUUUCGGAAGAGGAGUACCAGACCAUCGUAACAGAACGAAAGAGCGACUGGGUCGUCGGGCAAGAUUCCGGCUACGUGGAUGGUGGAAAAGAGCUGUGGCAAGGACCAGCGGCAGCAAAAGAGCGUGCUCGUGAGGAUGAGCUGGAAAGGCGUCAGUUGAAGGAGUUGGGCAUCGAUCUUGGCAGCAGGAAGCCAAAGCAGAAGGAGACUCCAGUGCAACCACAAGCACCACCAGGUCGCAGUGUUCUCUUGGGAGCACUGCAAAAAGGUGCCAGUGGACCCCCGGAAGCUCGACCACCUACUUCCAAGAAGGAGCAAGAGAGAGCGGUAGAUGCUUUAAUUUCGGCCGGCGUGAUUCCACGUCGAGUCAGGAUGACAGUUCUUCGUACGUCUGUCAAGAACACAUUCCUGGAGGCUUUCGAGUCUGAGCAGUCUCCUGCACAAACUACGGGCAUGCAAAGAUCGUGUUCUUGCAGUGAUCUGCCGGAUGACGCCUUCAGAUCCCAAUCCGAUGCAGAUGCAGGACCGGAGGAGCCCCAGUCAGAGCUGGAGCCCAGACCCGGCGGACCGAAAGGUUACAGAUUGGUGGUCAAGAACACGUUUGUGGAGGUGCAGGAAGACGAAACCCCCGCACAGUUGCGCAGAAGCUUGUCGGAUGGCGACAUGCAGUUCUGCAGUAGAGCUACAUGUGACGACGCAGAAGGC